GUUAUAGUUGCUGAUUAGAGUAAGUGUUCCACAGCGGAUGACGUAAUGCCUCUACUCCUAACUUCAGCUUUAGGAGAAACUCCACUUCUUGAACCAUUUCCAUCUUCUACCUCACCCACUCGAUAGAGCAGCAUUUUAUAGAUCCGCCAGACGCAGUUUAUGGACCACCCCAGAACUAAGAGGCAAUGAGCACGAUCGUCGACGACAAAGUCCGCACGCUCUCCUCGCAGCUCGAACUGCUAGCCUCGACCACGCUCCCCACCCUCCUCGCCCCGCGCGCGCAGAUCCCCCGAUCCGGCUCUUCGACGCCGUCCUCCUCGUCGACAGCGGCGCAGCAGGCAGACGAGGAGGAGCUCAAGCAGUCGCUUCAGGUCACGGAGCCGCUGAUCGAGGUGCUGAAUCAGUUGCUGAUCAGGCCCGGGGGAUCGCCGGCGUCGGUGUCGAGCUUGAAAGCGGCGCUGGCGAGGUAUUUGGAGCAUUCGCCGGACAGGGCGCGGUAUAUGGCGCUGAGAAAGGAAGGGGCGGGGUUGGAUCGGGUGUGGGAGGGAUUUGAGGAUUCGGUGACGGAUGGCACGAAACAGGUCGAGUGGUUCGUGGUUGCGGCGGGGUCGAUUAUUCUGUAUGGACAUAUGCUUGAGCAGUUUCUGAACCAGACGUUGCCUUUGGCCGAGGAUAUUUACUACUGGGACUCGGUCUUGACUGAAACGGGUGGAUUACUGACCUACUCUAUCCAACAUGCACCCAUCACGAUCUUCUCUGCGUCAAAAGAAAUCUACUACGAUGCCCGCAACCGACUUCACAGAAGCUCCGCCACGACCUCCCUCUCAGACUGGAUCAGCACCCUCCAAACCUCCUUCGCGCGCCGCCGCCGCCUCUCGCGCAACCUGCGCGCGCUGACCCGCGUCGCUCCCUACGCAGGCUCGGUCUUCAAACUCGCAAUGUCGCCGCUGUCGACCGUGUACAAGGAAGUGCAGACAAAGCAGCAAAAGCUGCGCCAGCUGCGCAACAUCCAGUCUGCCGCACUCGGCAUCUUGGUCGGCGAGUCGAUCACGCUUUCGGUGGAUACGGACUGGCGCCGCGGGGUCGAGCGCGCGGUCGACGUGAUGGAGUCUGUGGUGCGGAAUAUUAUCACCACGACCGCUGACGAGGACGGCGAGGGGGAUGGCGAUUAUGGAUUUGAGUCGAAUGUGUUUUCAGCAGUCGACCGGGCGCGGCCGCGGCGUCCGCCGUAUCUGAUGGCCGAGCGCAUGAUUCGGAUCGCAGACGAGUUUCUGCCCGUGCAGGCGGUUGCGCAACGCGAGGCGCUGAAGGAGGCAGGCAAGCCCAAGUUUUGGAUCCGGUACUGGCCCGUCUGUCUCGCGAGCGUGACUUUCGGCGGCACCGCGCUCAGGAUCCUAUUCAACCGCCGCGCGAGUAUCGCGCAGUGGGCGCAGGACGCGGCGGCGACGACGAUGGAUUUCUGGUAUAACUGGAUCGUCGAGCCGGUGAAGAACAUAAUCUCCACGAUCCGCCACGACGACGCGGCGCAGGUCGCGAUCGUGAGCCGGAAGAGUUUGCAGGCCGAUAUGGAGUCGCUUGAGCGGAUGGUUGUCGAUUUCGCGGUCGACACGGGAGGCGGUAGCGGGGCGGUUGUGACGGCGGCGGAGAUUAGUGGGAUUAAGGAUGGUGUUCGGGAGGGUGAUUUGUCGACUGUUUUGAGGGUGUAUGAGCAGGAGUUGAAGUCGCCGAUCAAGAACGCGGUCCGAGGCGAAUUGAUCCGCACGCUGCUGAUUCAGAUGCAAAAGACAAAGGUCGACGUCGAGGUCGCAAUCACAGGCAUUGACCGACUUCUCAAGUCGCAGGAACUAGUCUUUGGCUUCAUCGCCGCGCUGCCGAGCUCGGUCAUCUCGUGGUUCAUCACAAAGUGGGCGGCGCGAGUGUACACCGGCAAAGGCGUGAAAAGCCGCAGCGAGCAACGGGCGGCCGUCGCGCGUACGUUGGGGAAUGUCGAGCGCAUGCUGACAGUUAGCUCUGCCUCGUACUCCCGCGGCGGAGGAGCAGGUGGAGCAGGUCCCGGCGUCGGCGGUAGUGUCCGCGGCGGUCGUGGCGGGAGAGACGGUCGCGGUGGAGACGCAGGCGGCAGCGGCGCGGGUCUCGAAAGCGCAUGGCUGACGUUCAUGGAUCAGGGCUUGCUGCUGUGCGAGGUUCACAUGCUUCGCAACAGCGCUGGGAUCCUGCCGGCGGGGUUGCGGGCGGAUUGGAUCCGCGAUUUGGGCGAUUUGGAGGAUAUCAAGCUUGGGGUUAAACGGCAGCGGGAUACGAUUGGGCGGAUUUGGCGGGUGUAUGGCAAGUUUUUUGCAUGAGUUGUUUAGUGCAGUAGUUUGUAAAUAGAGUGUUUGGAUGUGUGUUUAAAUAUCGCAGCGGCAGUUUUAUAUAAAGUGGCUGAUAAAUAAGUGGUAUAGAUUAGAACCGAUAGUAUACAAAAAUUAGAU